AUGCGGUACCAAAAGUGGCUACUACCUCUACUGGCGGCAGGGGUUAGAGCUGCCCCUGCAAGCACCGCCAAAGACAGUGUCUCCUCAGUCGAGAAGAAUGGCAUCACAUAUACCGUCUUUGAGCAUGCCGCGACUGGGGCCAAAAUGGAGUUUGUCAAGAACUCGGGCAUCUGCGAAACCACCCCAGGGGUUAAUCAGUACUCGGGAUAUCUGUCCGUCGGGAGUAACAUGAACAUGUGGUUCUGGUUCUUCGAGGCGCGGAACAACUCCCAACAAGCUCCUCUGGCCGCCUGGUUCAACGGCGGUCCUGGAUGCUCCUCGAUGAUCGGUCUGUUCCAGGAAAACGGCCCCUGUCACUUUGUUAACGGGGACAGCACUCCCUCGUUGAACGAGUACAGCUGGAAUAACUACGCCAACAUGCUAUACAUUGACCAGCCCAUCGGUGUUGGCUUCUCCUACGGCACGGACGAUGUGACCAGCACUGUGACUGCUGCGCCGUACGUCUGGAAGUUGCUGCAGGCGUUCUACGCACAGUUUCCAGAGUACGAAAGUCGUGAUUUCGCCAUCUUCACUGAGUCAUAUGGUGGACACUAUGGUCCCGAAUUCGCCUCGUAUAUUCAGGAGCAAAACGCCGCCAUCACAGCCGGAUCCGUCUCAGGCGAAAACAUUAACCUGAUCGCUCUCGGCGUCAACAACGGCUGGAUCGACGCGGCCAUCCAAGAAAAGGCGUAUAUCGAUUUUAGUUACAACAACUCGUACACGCAGCUCAUCGACUCUUCCCAGCGCACGAGCCUCCUCAGCGCCUACAACAACCAGUGUCUCCCUGCUAUCCAACAGUGCGCAAAAACAGGCAGCAAUUCCGCGUGUAAGAACGCGGAUACUAUCUGCUACAAUAAAAUCGAGGGACCGAUCAGUAGUUCAGGCGACUGGGACGUCUAUGAUAUCCGGGAGCCGGCGAAUGAUCCCUACCCACCUUCGACAUACUCGACCUAUCUCUCCAAUUCCGCUGUUGUCAAGGCUAUCGGUGCGCAGACUAGCUACCAGGAAUGUCCCAAUGCGCCGUAUAACAAGUUUGCGUCGACUGGUGAUAACCCUCGGUCAUUCCUCUCUACGCUCUCUAGCGUGGUCAAGUCUGGUAUCAACGUGCUGGUCUGGGCGGGUGACGCCGACUGGAUCUGCAACUGGCUUGGUAACUAUGAGGUUGCUAAUGCAGUUGACUUUUCAGGACAUGCGGAAUUCAGCGCAAAGGACCUGGCACCAUACACGGUCAAUGGUGCUGAAAAGGGCCUGUUCAAGAACGUCGACAAUUUUUCGUUCUUGAAGGUGUACGGGGCGGGUCACGAGGUCCCUUACUACCAACCUGAGACGGCGCUGCAGGCAUUUGAGCAGCUUCUCCAGAAGCAGCCCAUUGCCUCAACUUGA